UGGCUCAAGCCCUGUGCAAUCCGCCGUUUGCUAGGAUUACAGAUUGUCCGCCACCGCAGGUGGUUCGACAUGACACAGCUGCCCGUCAAAAAUACAUUCAUCGAGGUGAGAUCGCAGGAUCCGAUUAUUGUACGACCCCGGGCACAAACUGUUGAAGUGGUUGGCAGCCCACCGUACCUGGCCAGUUCAUGUGAGGUUGCUCCUGCACCGGUAGCACAAGUGAGUGCACCAGGUUUUCCGGCAGUCACAAUCGACUCCAAAGUUCGCGCACCUCAAGGUGCUGCGGCGUGUGUGGUCUCCAGCGUUGAGUCUACAAGGAGGUGCUCGGUGACCAGAACUCCAGAUGUCCUGUAUGCACGAACGCCUGUGGGCUCCAUUGUUGCAGAGCCGCCCUUUGCAUUUGCUCUACCACAGGCCGUGGAAGACCUUGCAAGACGUAGGACAAGCACCUUUGGCACAGAGGCCGCCCGAGUGCAGACUGGCCACUCGUCAGCGACGAGAAGAAGCUCCCUGGAGACCAUCCCGGCCACGCCUGACAUGUACUACAGCUGGCCACCGCCGCAGGGCGCUGCUCCACCCGUCAUGGUUCUCCCAAGUCCAGUACCAGAAGGUUCAACUCAGGUUGGGCAUGCUCUGGCACCAAUGGCAGCCCCGCACGGAAUGCCAAUUCUCCAAUGCCCUCCAGGACAAGCGCCCUGCCAAGUUCACAUGCCAAUGCCAAUGUCAGAGGCACAACCAAUUGCUCAUUCAGUGAGCGCCCAAUACCCGGGAAUGGGACAGCAAUUUGCACAUCCACCGCCUGUCCAGUAUGGAAGCCAAAUGCCUCUAGCCACUUCAUGGGAUCCACAGAUGCAUUACAUGCCGCCAAGUGCGCUGCCUUCUCAGCUGGAGCCAGCCGGCAAGCCUCAACUGCAGAAGCUGCCUGCAUGGCAGCCAGCAGCUCCAGCGGCCGCCAGCAAGUUCCCAACACAGCCCCCACAGCAGGUCUUGGUGCUCUCAAACUUUUUACAAGAGGCACCAAGAAAGCUGGAGGCACAGUUGCCAGCGGAGGUUCAAGACACUUCGCAAGCUGGGGGAAUUACAACGCUUAUGCUGCGAAAUAUUCCGGUUACUUUCAACCGAGAAUCCCUUUUGGCUGAUUUUGAUGCACGUGGCUUCCGUGGUCAAUAUGAUUUCUUCUACUUGCCCAUUGACUUCCAAACCGACAACAACCUCGGGUAUGCGUUCGUGAACCUGGUGACGCCCAUGUCAGCCGAGCGCUUCCGAAGCACCUACCAGGGUUUGGCCUUGGCGGGGGAUCGGAGCAAGAAGAUCUGUGCGGUGGCACCAGCCACGACCCAGGGAAGGGCUGCAAAUGUGGAGUACUAUAGGAACAGCAAUGUUAUGAGCAUGGAGGACAAGUACCAGCCUGUUGUGUUCGAGAAUGGGAUGCGGGCGCGGUUUCCUGCACCCACCAAGGCUGUGAAGCCGAUCCGCUACCGAGAGAGCAGGGGCGUGGUUCCAGAAUGAUUCUGAAGUCAUCGGUUCUCUGAUCGAUUGUCACAACACGUAUCUGAUAUCAGCUUGAUGGCCAUCCGGUUUCUUGGGGAAUGAUGACCCUGGAUGACGAAGGCUCCC